AUGUCUCAUCAUGAAUUUGCUGGUGGGCGAAGUGCACUCGGAAAAUUAAAACGAAAUGAAAUAAGUUUAAGAGAUGAAAACGAGAAUCCCGUAAUUAAAACAAUGAGAUUUGUUUUCUCUGAUCGUAUGAACUGCAUUGCACGUGUGCUUUGUGUUGAAUCUUCGAUCAUCAGAGAUGAAGUUUUAAAAGAUGAAGAAACUGAAAUGAUGGAGAUUGAAUUGAGUUUCAUUUGA